AUGACUUCCUCACCAACCCUUCAAGACCAAGAAUUUCCCGACAAUUCAAUUGUCAAUGGUUCUUGUGGUUCAAUUGUAUCCCAAUCUUUUGAUUUAGGUGGUGGAGGUUAUAAUAAACAUAUUUAUAAUGAGUUUGAUUCGAUAUUAUCAAUUUCUAUUCAACAACAAAAACAAAGAGAAGAUUUGGUUGACAGUCCAGGAUCAUGUUUUGAAAGCAUAUUACCAGAUCAUUUAACCCAAGACAAUAAUAAUAAUUUGAUUAUUAAUGAAAGUGUGCUUGAGAGAGAACUUGAAACUUUGAGAAAGACAAAUGAGAUAUUUGAAAAUAUUAAUGAUAAUAUGGAUCAAUCAAGUGAAAAUUUACAACAAUUUUCAAGUACUGUUGAACAAUCUGAUCGAUUAUUGGAUAUAUGGAUAAAUAUAUUAUCACAAAGUAUACGCACGCAAAAUUUACUUUCUGAUCCUUUAUGGCAAGGUCUCACGGCGGAAAAAGAUCGUAUAUUAGAGGAUCAAGCGAAAGAAAAAGAAAAACAGGAACAAUUGGAAAGAUUUCAACAGGAACAAUUAGAAAGAGAACAAUUAGAACGUAAAAGAAUAGAACCUGAAGAAGUGACAAAGACGAAACAAUCUAAAUUAUAUCAAGCGUCUACUUUAAGAAUUAAUCCAACCACGGCACGAGGAAGGAAAAAUCGAGUACGUGUCGUGCGCGCAGGCGAGAACGACGAUUUAGAAGAGUAG